AUGUAUACAGUUUCACCAAGGGAUACUGAGAGGUACAGUCUGCGAAUCCUCCUCCUAAACACGAAGGGAAAAACAUCAUUCGAAGAUUUGCGCACUAUAGAUGGAACAAUGCACGCCAAUUUUGUCGAUGCAGCGAAGGCGGCUGGAUUUCUCGAUGAUGAUAGAUAUCUACGCCAAAGCCUUCAUGAGGCGGUGCAAUAUCAGUCGGCCGCAACAACCAGAAGCUUUUUUGUGUGUUUACUGUGCUUCUGCGACGUGGUCAACGCGCAAGAUUUAUGGGAUGAGUUUGCAGAAUCCAUGUCUGACGACUACAUUCAUCAAGGAAUAGAUCUGGAGUUAGCUGUGUCAUUAGCAUAUUUUGACGUACAAGACAGAAUGAGUUUGUUAGGAAUGGAUCUAACCCGCAUCGUCACGCCGCCAGCGCGCGAGCGUCCAUUGUCACCAACGACGGUUACUGAUUAUGUCGCUUAUGAGAGGAAUGGGCUGCGUCAAUACGAAACACUCAACCCCAUGCAGAGAGCAGCUGCAGACAGCAUCUUGCUGCACUGGACGGUAAUGAGAGUAGUGCCAUCCUCAAUGCUGUGUACGACAGGCAUCGUCAACGAAAUUUUUGGUGCUGUUCUUGAUCCCGAUAACCCAUCACAACUAUGUGAAUGCGCUAUAUUAGCACCAAAAAACAUUCACGUUCAACACUUGAACGAGCAAGCCUUAGAUCGUCUCCGCGUUCCAAACCCAGAGGAUGAGCGGUGUUACAGAAGCAUAGACGAAGCCAUCUAUAGUGAAGGCAGAAUGAGCAGCUCUUCUCCAUGGAGUACUUAA